AUGGAGCCUGUUAAAUUGAUAAGUAUAGACUGUGUUCUGGAUUAUUUGGAUAACGUGCCGGCGUUAGGGCAUCAACAUGGCGGUCAACAUGGCGGCGGAUGUAACAUCACGUGGUUUUGGUCACGUGUGUGCAACCUCUCUAUUCUUGAAACCAUCCGGUGUCUGGGCGGGCUGGCCGUCAAGGUGGUGGUCAAGACCAUCAGUGACCAGAGACCCGAGUUCUACCCUGGCACCAGGCACCAGUACCCGUUUUACGAGCAGCGGGGCACCGCCGUGCAGCGAGUGGGCAGCGGCAGGUUCUGGGGUCUGACCAAGUACUCAGAGCCGGAGAACCGGAGCUGCCCAUGUCAGGAGUGCCGGACGGCUCAAAAUCCCAAAAAAACUUGGGCGUACGUGAUGAUCGUCACCGCCGCGCAUGUUGUGUACGAUAAGAGCGAAGCGGAGAAGACGGUGUGUCUUGUGGACUACGACGAUGAAAACAGCGACGUGUUUCAUCUUUGCGGUCAUGACGUGGGGGAAGUCUGCGUUGAAGAGGACAGGAGUAAUUUAAUCUGCGUCACGCAUGAUGCAGAUUUGGUUGAAAAAUUCGAAAAAACCUGGUCAGUUUUCAUGGAGCUGUUUAAAACUCUAAACCGGAAAUACGAGGAUUACAGUGCGCUGGAGAACAAGUUAACGGUCGUCGUGUCUCACCCUCACGGAGGGGUUAAACGGGUGUCGAUAGGUCAGUGGGUUCACAGGUUAACAGUCAAAGGUCAAAGCAACCGAUUCUGUUACACUGCCUGCACUUGUCCUGGAAGUAGUGGGGCGUUUGUCUUCAUCCUGGGGAUGAAGGGCUGGUGGUACCACCACGUCCACAGUGGGACUAGCUUAGGGUUUAACUACAGCGGGACUGGUUGUGGCUUUUGAUCUUAUCCUCUUCCUUCCGUUAU